GUAACGCAAGUGCAUUAUGGGAGCAUGAGUCCUUUUCGCCAAUGCACCUCAUUGCUGGUUGCAAUGGCCGCGGCGCUGUAGAACUACAGUUCACACAACGACUCGCGUUUUCUGUACAUUGGCUCAUGUUAUACAUGGGGGAAUAUGAGAGCGGCGGAGGAACCGAAAGCGACAGCAGCAGCCCUGGCUAUAAGUAUAACGAUAAAUAAUGACUGCGAAACGGGCGAAGUGUAAUGCCAGAUCGCUAAAAACUGGCUGUCGCGAAAGACAGGACAAAUCUGUUUAGGUGUUAUAGUUUUUUUUUUGGUAUAAAUUUGGCGUGGAGGCACCUCCCUGCCUGCCCUGCGCCGCGGUGUGUGCGUGUUUUUCGGGAAGGCUUCAUCGCAUCACCGCGCUGCAGUGCGUUACUGUAACCGUGCAUAGGUGCCACGCCGCCGGCUACAGCUGCGCCGUCGGCCGAUACUAUGUCAAAAACAGACAGAGACAAAGUAACACUGCGAAUCAAUCCUGCUGAUCUAUGCAAUGAAAAAAUGGCAACUUUGGUCUCUGACGGCUGUGUUUUGUAGCCACAAAGAAGUGCAAGUGUGCAGACAACUGUUUUGGAGUGGUGUUUGUGCCCGAUUUUAAAAAGACUUUUCUUGUUUGUUGUCAACAGCUUUGAACUGCAGCAGAAUAGGCAGCCCGCAUGGAACGAGCAGGGAACAUCCAACUUGAUAUUCCGGACUUCAGCAACUCCGUCCUGUCGCACCUGAACCAGUUGCGCAUGCAGGGCCGCUUGUGCGACAUCGUGGUCAACGUUCAGGGCCACAGUUUCCGUGCCCACAAAGUGGUCCUCGCCGCCAGCUCCCCCUACUUCCGGGACCACAUGUCGCUCAGUGAGAUGAGCACUGUGUCCAUCUCGGUUAUCCGUAAUCCUUCCGUUUUCGAGCAGCUACUUUCGUUCUGCUACACGGGUCGGUUGUGCUUGCAACUCACGGAUAUAAUCAGUUACCUGACGGCAGCCAGCUUCCUACAAAUGCAGCAUAUUAUUGAUCGCUGCACCCAGAUUUUAGAGGGCAUCCACUUUAAGAUCAGCCUAUCGGAUGUGGAGGAAGAGCUUGGGGGCGGAGCCCACAGAACCACCAACCAAACAAUCGAGUCAGGAAAAGGCGGAAUGGCACUAGCGGGGUCCCGUACCCUAAGUCCCAGACAUAGCAGCUCUAGGUUGAUCAGCAACACCGGAGGGGUGAUCAACAUCCGUGAUGUGAGGGAAGUCCGAGAAAUCAGUCCUCCUGGUGAGUCCAUGAGCCCUCAGAUCGUGGAGCACAGUGGAAUUGGCUCAGAAGAGGUGGGAUCUGGGAAAGUGCCCAUUCUCCGUAUCAAUCGAGCCGGGCAGUGGUAUGUGGAGACAGGGACUGAAGUGGACAGGGGCGGAGAGGAGACCGUGAGGGUAGUGGAUGGGUUUCGGAUUAAGACGGAAAGGAUGGAGGAGUGGAUGGGGGCAGAGACUCGGGCGUCGGCAGAAGAGGGCAGCGGGGCAGAGGAGGGGCCAACGGUGAUGAUUGAAACCUCAGGACGUAGCACACUGGUGCAGGAUGGGGGAAGAGGGGGGAAAAGUUCCCAGCCUUCCAGUAGCUUCAGUGAGACAGAGAGGUUUAGUCCAACAGGAAGUGUGGUGGUGAUGGCUGACCGACAAAGAGCAAAGAGUGAGUCUCCAGGAAGAGUUGAUGACCAGAGACAUCCCACCUCACAGGGAGAAGAACAAGCUGUGUUUGACAUGGGAGGAUACGAGGAGUACCUCCGAGAACAGGUAGGUGAUCGGUGGUUCCGCUACAACCCCCGUCUUACCUGCAUCUACUGCUGCAAGUCCUUCAACCAGAAGGGUAGCCUAGAUCGCCAUAUGCGCCUGCACAUGGGCAUUACCCCCUUUGUUUGCCGCAUCUGCGGGAAGAAAUACACCCGCAAGGACCAGCUCGAGUACCACAUUCGGAAGCACACGGGAAACAAGCCCUUCCACUGCCACGUUUGUGGCAAGAGCUUCCCCUUCCAAGCCAUUCUCAACCAGCACUUCCGUAAGAACCAUCCAGGAUGCGCCCCACAGGAGGUGUCCCACAGUGCCUCGCCCGAGACCACUACAGUCACCUCCCGGGGAGGCCAGAACGAAGAUGAGUCACCCACCCAGGAGGAGCCUGAGGGCAACGGUGGAGGAGCCGGUUCGACCUUUGGAGAAGGGGUACAACCUUCAGUCUCCACAACUGGGCCAGAUUGAUGGCUUCUGAGGGGAAAAAUAUUGAAGGCCAAAGUAUACUUCAGUUUUCUGCGUGCCGAUAUGUCUUGCGCACAGUGCGUAGUUUUCCUAGACACCAGGACAGUCCUUGUCUUUUUGCGUCAUUGGCCGUAUGCUUACACGCGUAUACUUUGAAAGGCUGAGUGCUCAACUGUGCAAGAGAUGGAACAGCACAUGUAAAAACGAAGUAUACCCUAGCCUUAAGAGUCCAUGGAGACAGAGGACAAUGGGGUCCAACAGGACCUUGUCUUCAGAGACCCCUAUGUCCCCUGGCUUCCACCAUCCACACUGAGAAAUCGCAGUAGAGUUGGAAUUAGAACGUUCUCUUUGCUGCUGUCAACAAGGAACGGAUAAAAAAAAAGGGAGAAUCUUCUGCAUUAUACUUGGACGAAGUUUUGGACAAAUGUUUUUUUUUCAUUGACAGCAAAAAUGCAAAGAACUGUUUGCUUGGACUAGUAUUCUAUAGGGAUUUAUAAAUGGUAUUUCCGCUUUAAACCGCAUCUACCUUCACCAUACAAACUGAACAGGACGUCAGCAAAUGAAGACAAGCCACACUCCAACAACCUCACACACCAC